AUAUUAACUCAUUUCAUAACUUAACCCAUAAAAAACAAUAUCAAGAAAUUUUGCUCCUCCUCUUCCAAUACCUUCAAUAUCUUUACGGAAUUACCAAAAACACGCUUCUCUCCUUCCUAAAUCACAGCUUCUUCUCUUAUCUACAGCUCCAAGAAACAUAAUAAUGGCUUCCAUCGCGCUAAAAUCUACUCAAUUGGGCAUCAACUGCAUCCCAAAUUCGAACAUCAAUCGAUGCAAAAGCGCUAAUUUCUCUUCAUCAUUUUCCUGCUCGUCGCAGUUGUUUUCGCCAAAAUUAAAGCUCAGAAGCAACUCGACAGUAACGGCGGCAGCGAAGAAGGAAAAUAAACCCAAGAAAAAGAGAAAAGAAGAUAGCCAUAGCUUCAUCUCCAGGCCCGAUGAAGCCACUGGCCCUUUUCCCGAAGCUGUGCUUCUCAAACAGAGGAAUGUUGAAGAAGAUGAUGGUAGACUUAUGCCGGAGUUUGCCGACGUUGAAGAGCGUGAACUCUUUGAGGCUUUGAAUCUGCUGCUAGAAAGUGAUACAGAUGUUGAUCAAAGGCGACAUUAUGAAGUCGUAUAUCUUAUCCAUGAGGAUCACAAAGACGAGGUUGAGAAUGUGAACACCAAAGUUCAAGAAUUCUUGAAGGAAAAGAAGGGGAAGAUUUGGAGAUUCAGCGACUGGGGCAUGCGUAGGUUGGCGUACAAGAUAAAGAAGGCGAAGAACGCCCAUUACAUCCUCAUGAACUUCGAGGUGGAAGCUCGAUGGAUAAAUGAUUUCAAGAGCUUGCUAGACAAAGACGAGAGGGUUAUCCGGCACCUUGUCAUGAAACGGGACAAGGCAGAGACGGACGAUUGCCCUCCUCCUCCUGAAUUCGGUACAUUGCGCGCUGACAUGGUUGAUGAUGAUGAUGAUGAUGAUAUAGACGACGAGGAAGAAGAGGAAUACGAUGAUGAAGACGGGGGCAACGACGGCGAGGAUGAUCAAGGUAUUAUCUAUGUGAAUGAUGUGGAGGAAGAGAGUAGUAGCUCUCUAAGCAAUACGCCAAAGCCUCAUAAAGUGGGACGAUAGGUGAUUUUGUUAGUGUAAACUUCAACUUAUGAUUUUGGUUUGUAAUAGCUAGUUGUGUAAGAGAGAGAGAGAGAUGAAGAAAUAUCAGACUUUUUCUUUGGGGAAA